AAAACAAAAAUAUCAUCAAAUAGAUGAUCUUAUUCAAAAAUUAAUUGUUCAACAGAAUAUUUUAAUAUCACAACAAACAUUAUCACUGUUAUCCUUUACAACAAAUCUUUGUAAACAUCUAUGUUGUACUACUACAGAACUAAAAAAAACAAUACUUGCACAAUUGUUUGAACUUGGAAAUACAGUGUUUAAAAAUAAAAUUCAGAAAGUGCUAUUAGAACUUCUUAUUGUCUCUCCAGAUUGA